AUGGAGCCUUCCAGUGAUGGAGAAACCACCACCCCCUCUGGGUACACAGCUUCUCAGGCCCAGGGGAACUGGAUGCUGGACGUUGUUAUGCUGAUGAGGAACACAGUCCCCUCGGGCCAGCGCUCUUGUGCAUUUCAGUACCACUGUCUUCUGCUCAACUGUACUUCGCAGCCUUCCGGCUUCCGGUAUACUGGCUUCCGGCUGACCUCUUUCACGAUGUAUCGAUGUAUCGUACAAGAUCUCGCUCUUCGGGCUUGGGCUUGGGGUUCCAGCGACAGGGCUAAAUGUAUCAAGAAGGUUGGGAUUGUGGGGAAAUACAGGACCCACUUUGGUGCCCCCCUCUGGAAAAUGGUGAGGAAAAUUGAAAUCAGCCAGCACACCAAGUACACUUGCUCCUUUUGUGGCAAGACCAAGAUGAAGAGACGAGCCAUUGGCAUCAGGCACUGUGGUUCCCGCAUGAAAACAGUGGCUGGUGGGACCUGGACCUACGAUACUACUUCUGCAGUCACAGUGAAGUCUGCCAUCAGAAGAUUGAAGCCCUACCAGUCUGAGACUUGCUUGGCCUGCAAUAAAUGGGCUAAUUUCAGAAGAAAAAAAAAGUACAAGAUUUCCUCAACCCUAGGAUCACCCUGUCUUAGUCAGGGUUUCUAUUCCUGCACAAACAUCAUGACCAAGAAGCAAGGUGGGGAGGAAAGGGUUUAUUCAGCUUACACUGCCACAUUGCUGUUUAUCACCAAAGGAAGUCAGGACUGGAACUCAAGCAGGGCAGGAAGCAGGAGCUGAUGCAGAGGCCAUGGAGGGAUGUUACUUACUGGCUGGCUUCCCCUGGCUUGCUCAGCUUGCUCUCUUAUAGAACCUAAGACCACCAGCCCAGGGACGGCACCACCC